UUAAAAAUGGUCAAAACAUUUCAAGCCUAUUUACCGUCCACAAAUCGGACCUAUUCAUGUGUUCAUUGCCGUGCUCAUUUAGCCUCACACGAUGAGCUUAUCUCAAAAUCAUUUCAGGGUAGUCAAGGACCAGCAUACCUCUUUAAUUCCGUUGUCAAUGUCGGCUGUGGACAAACGGAAGAACGGGUACUGUUGACCGGCCUGCACGCUGUCGCCGAUAUCUUCUGUGAAUGUUGUAAAACUCCGCUGGGUUGGAAAUACGAACAUGCCUAUGAGUCGAGUCAAAAAUACAAGGAAGGCAAAUAUAUUAUAGAGCUGGCCCAUAUGAUUAAAGAGAAUGGUUGGGAUUGAA